CGACCACGAGCCACAGCCAGCAUGGUAUUUCAUCCUCCUUCCUGGGUGCCAAAGCUCCCAUUUGACCCUCCGGACUCGAUCACGAUUGGCGAUUUCAUGCUGGACGAGGCCUAUGGCCGCCAUCCGCUGGGAUAUUCUUACCCGCCCUUUACCUGCGGACUCUCCGGCAAGGAAUACUCGGCUUUGGAGGCCAAGGAUCGCGUGGAAUUUCUGGCGCGCGGGCUGGCGAAAGAGCUCGGAUGGGAGCCAAACCAAGGCAACGAGUGGGACAAGGUCAUUGCUCUCUUCAGCGUCAAUACAAUCGACACCCUGAAUCUUGCGUGGGCGACGCACCGUCUUGGUGGUGUGCAGACUCCUGCCAAUGCUGCUUACUCUGCUCCCGAGAUCGAAUACCAGUUGAAGGACUCUGGCGCAAAAUGUCUCUUUACGUGCUCGACGUUGCUCGACACAGCUCUCGAGGCUGCAGAAAAAGCCGGCCUACCCAGAAACAGGAUAUACCUAAUAGAUUUGCCCAAGGAAUUUACCGGCGGGAAGGCGACGCCCCAGGGAUUUAAGACGCUAGACCAAUUGGGUUUGGAGGGCGCUCAGUUGCCGCGCUUGGAGCCAGUGAGAUUGGCACCCGGCGAGGGUAGGAAGAGGACUGCAUUUCUAUGCUAUUCGAGCGGCACCUCCGGUUUGCCGAAAGGUGUUAUGAUUUCCCACUACAACGUCAUCGCAAACACGCUCCAGAUCAAGACGUACGACAAGCUUGCACGGAAUAAAAAGAUUCCACCGGGCACGCAAAGCGACUACACGGAGACAGUCCUCGGGUUACUCCCUAUGAGCCACAUUUACUGUUUGGUGGUCAUUUGCCAUGCCAGUGUUUACCGAGGCGAUCGAGUGGUUGUUCUGCCCAAGUUUGAGAUGAAACCUUACCUCGAGUGUAUUCAGCGCUUCAAGAUCAAUGGCUUAUAUGUCGUGCCCCCGAUCAUCAUCAUGAUGUUGAAAAACAAGGCCCUUCUCGACCAGUAUGACCUCAGCAGCGUCGACGUGGUUUUCACCGGCGCCGCACCUCUAGGAGAAGAGGUCGCCGAGGACGUCAUCAAGCAGUACCCAAGCUGGUCCAUCAGGCAAGGCUACGGGCUCACAGAAACCAGCACAGUAGUGUGCUCGACCAGCGAGCACGACAUCUGGCUCGGGUCCUCCGGGUCGCUAGUCCCCGGCGUGGAAGCGAAGCUCGUCUCGCUCGAAGGCGUCGAAAUCACAGGCUACGACCAGCCAGGCGAGCUCAUCGUCAAGUCGCCCUCGGUCACGCUCGGCUACCUGCACAAGCCCGACGCCACGCGCGAAACGUUCCAAGACGGGUGGAUGCGCACGGGCGACGAAGCUGUCAUUAAGAAGUCGCCACAGGGCCACGACCACGUCUUCAUCGUCGACCGCAUCAAGGAGCUCAUCAAGGUCAAGGGCAUGCAGGUCGCGCCCGCAGAGCUCGAGGCCCACCUCCUCACCCACCCGGCCGUCAACGACUGCGCCGUCAUCCCCGUCCCGGACCCUAGCGCCGGCGAGGUCCCCAAGGUUUUCGUCGUCAAGUCGUCGGCGGUGGGGCUGGAGGAAAGCGACCGCAUGGUUGCAAGGCAGUUGCAGAAAUUCGUCGAGGACCAUAAGAGCAGGCAUAAGUGGCUGAAGGGCGGCGUUGAGUUUGUGGAUUCGAUUCCGAAGAGCCCGAGUGGCAAGAUCUUGAGGCGCGUGCUAAGGGAUCAGGAUAAGGAGAAGAGGAGGAGGGAGGGCGCGAAGUUGUAGUCUGUAUGUACGCGUGGUUGGUUUGGGGGUGGAGAGGGUGUUUUUGGGUGCGUUUGCAGCGUGUGAGCGUUUGUUGGCUAUUGGUUGGUGAUGCUGUAUAGCGGUUGGCGUAUACGAAUUGUGUAUGAAGUCGAAUGCCAGAUGAAUCCUUGGAUCUUGGAG